AUGGCGUCGCAACUUCUUCCCCUAGAAUUGAUUGACAAGUGUGUCGGCUCGAGGAUUUGGGUCAUCAUGAAGAAUGACAAGGAAUUCUCCGGCACUUUGCUCGGUUUCGAUGACUACGUCAACAUGGUGUUGGAAGACGUGACCGAGUUCGAUUAUACCGGAUCCCAAGUCAAGCUCCCCAAAAUCUUGCUCAACGGGAAUAACGUUUGCAUGUUGAUUCCGGGUGGCGAAGGGCCGGUUGGUAGCGCAUAA